CGUUCCUCCCCGCGCUGGGAGGAGGAGGAGGCGGCGCAACGCGGAGGAAGAGGCCGAAGUUGGUGCAUGCACCCGAGCCUGACGGCUUUUAAAAUGGCUACGGUGUUCAACCGGCCCCGACUCAGAUAUCUGUUGUAGAGGAGAAACACGUGAAGGUUUAACCUCCUUGCAUCAUGGCUCAGUUUGAAGGACAGAAGAAUCCACCAUGGACUACUCAGUUUACAGCCACUGCGGUAUCACAACCAGCUGCACUAGGUGUUCAACAGCCAUCACUUCUGGGAGCAUCUCCUACCAUUUAUACCCAGCAGACUGCAUUGGCGGCAGCAGGCCUUACCACACAAACGCCAGCAAACUACCAGUUAACACAAACUGCAGUUGCAUUACAGCAGCAAUAUUCACAACCUCAGCAGGCCUUGUAUAGUGUGCAACAACAGUUACAGCAACCCCAGCAGACAAUUUUAACACAUGCUGUUAAAGGGAAAACCCCUCAAGUUGGUGAUAGAGUAUUGGUCGAAGCAAUUUAUAAUCCUAAUAUGCCUUUUAAAUGGAAUGCGCAAAGAAUUCAGACACUACCAAAUCAGAAUCAGUCCCAAACCCAACCUUUACUGAAGACUCCUACUGCUGUUAUUCAGCCGAUUGUGCCACAGACGACAUUUGGUGUUCAGGCACAGCCCCAACCGUCAUUACUGCAGGCCCAGAUUUCAGCUGCUUCUAUCUCACCGCUCCUGCAGACACAGCCGCAGCCCUUAUUACAGCAGCCGCAGCAGAAAGCUGGCUUAUUGCAGCCUUCUGUCCGAAUAGUGUCACAGCCUCAGCCGGCCCGGAGACUAGAUCCGCCAUCUAGAUUUUCAGGACAGAGUGACCGCGGGGAUCAAGUACCUAAUAGGAAAGAUGACCGAAGUCAUGAAAGGGACAGAGAAAGACGCAGAUUCAGAGAAAGAUCACCUCAGAGGAAACGUUCCCGGGAGAGGUCACCCCGCAGAGAAAGAGAGCGAUCCCCUCGGAGAGUCCGACGUGUUGUUCCCCGCUACACAGUGCAGUUUUCAAAGUUUUCUUUAGAUUGUUCCAGUUGUGACAUGAUGGAACUAAGGCGCCGUUAUCAGAAUUUAUAUAUUCCUAGUGACUUUUUUGACGCUCAGUUUACAUGGGUGGAUGCUUUCCCUCUGUCAAGACCAUUUCAACUGGGGAAUUACUGCAAUUUUUAUGUGAUGCACAGAGAAGUAGAGUCCUUAGAAAAAAAUAUGGCUGUUCUUGAUCCACCUGAUGCUGACCACCUGUACAGUGCAAAGGUGAUGCUGAUGGCUAGCCCUAGUAUGGAGGAUCUAUAUCAUAAGUCAUGUGCUCUUGCUGAAGACCCACAAGAACUCCGUGAUGGAUUUCAGCAUCCUGCUAGACUUGUUAAGUUUCUAGUGGGCAUGAAAGGCAAGGAUGAAGCCAUGGCCAUUGGAGGCCACUGGUCUCCUUCGUUGGAUGGACCAAACCCAGAAAAAGACCCCUCUGUGUUGAUUAAGACUGCCAUUAGUUGUUGUAAGGCUCUGACAGGCAUUGAUCUAAGUGUCUGCACACAAUGGUACCGUUUUGCAGAGAUUCGCUACCAUUGCCCUGAGGAGACCCACAAGGAGCGUACAGUUCCAGCUCAUGUGGAGACAGUGGUUUUAUUUUUUCCGGAUGUUUGGUAUUGCCUUCCCACCCGCUCAGAGUGGGAAACCCUCUCCCGAGGAUACAAGCAGCAGCUGGUCGAGAAGCUUCAGGGUGAACGCAAGAAGGCUGAUGGAGAACAGGAUGAAGAAGAGAAGGAUAAUGGCGAAGUGAAAGAAAUCUCCACUCCUACCCAUUGGUCCAAGCUUGAUCCAAAAGCAAUGAAGGUAAAUGAUCUCCGAAAAGAAUUAGAAAGUCGAGCUCUUAGUUCCAAAGGACUAAAAUCCCAGUUAAUAGCUCGCUUGACAAAACAGCUUAAAGUAGAAGAACAGAAAGAAGAGCAGAAGGAAUUAGAGAAGUCUGAGAAGGAAGAGGAAGAGGAGGAUGAUAGGAAGUCUGAGGAUGAUAAAGAGGAGGAAGAGAGAAAGCGACAAGAGGAAAUGGAGCGGCGGCGUCAAGAAAGAAGGUACAUUUUGCCCGAUGAACCAGCCAUCAUUGUCCAUCCGAACUGGGCAGCAAAAAGUGGCAAGUUUGAUUGCAGCAUCAUGUCCUUGAGUGUCCUUUUGGAUUACAGAUUGGAAGAUAACAAAGAGCAUUCGUUCGAGGUUUCAUUGUUUGCAGAACUUUUCAAUGAAAUGCUUCAAAGAGAUUUUGGAGUCAGAAUAUACAAAUCAUUACUCUCUCUUCCUGAGAAAGAGGACAAGAAAGAAAAGGAGAAGAAAAACAAAAAAGACGAGAGAAAAGAUAAAAAAGAAGAAAGGGAUGAUGAUACUGAUGAUCCAAAACCAAAACGGAGAAAAUCAGGCGAUGAUAAAGACAAAAAAGAAGACAGAGAUGAGAGGAAGAAAGAAGAAAAAAGGAAAGAGGAUUCUAAAGAUGAUGAUGAAACAGAAGAAGAUAAUAAUCAGGAUGAGUAUGACCCGAUGGACGCCGAGGAAGAGGAAGAAAUGAGCAAGGGAGACGUCAGCCGCUAUUGCAAGGAGAGGCCCUCUAGAGACAAGGAAAAAGAGAAGACUCAGAUGGUCACAGUUAACAGGGAUCUACUGAUGGCCUUUGUUUAUUUUGAUCAAAGCUAUUGUGGUUACCUUCUUGAAAAGGAUUUGGAAGAAAUACUAUACACUCUUGGAUUGCAUCUUUCUCGGGCUCAGGUAAAGAAACUUCUCAAUAAAGUAGUACUCCGAGAAUCAUGCUUUUAUCGAAAACUAACAGACACCUUGAAAGAUGAAGAAAACCAGGAAGAGUCAGAAUCAUUGCAGGAAGACAUGAUAGGAAACAGAUUAUUACUUCCAACACCGACAGUAAAACAGGAAUCAAAAGAUGGAGAAGAAAAUGUAGGACUUAUCGUGUACAAUGGUUCGAUGGUGGAUGUUGGAAGUCUCUUACAAAAAUUGGAAAAGAGUGAAAAAGUAAGAGCUGAGGUAGAACAGAAGCUCCAGCUAUUAGAAGAAAAAACAGAUGAAGAUGGAAAAACUAUAUUAAACUUGGAGAAUUCUAACAAAAGCCUCUCUGGUGAACUCAGAGAGGUCAAAAAAGACCUUGGUCAGUUACAAGAAAACUUGAAGGUUUCAGAAAACAUGAAUUUGCAGUUUGAAAACCAAUUGAAUAAAACACUC